UCCGAAGCGUGAAUACCAUGUUUCUCAUGCAGCUUCUGUUAUUAGUCUGCAUGGCGGAAGUAGGUUGCGGUUUGCAGGUUCAGUGCCCGGCUGCAUGCAUCUGCAACGCCACUGAAGCAACUUGCGUGGAUUCAUCCCUCACUGAGUUCCCGGAAGGAAGGUUCCCUAGCAGCUUGCUGAAACUUGAUAUCUCCAGAAAUAAUAUCACCAGGUUAGACGAAUACACUAUCAGGAAAUGGAUGAUUGUUUCAUUGAGGCGGCUGAAUUUAUCCAACAAUGUGAUAAGUAUUAUCAACGAGAAUUCAUUAAUUGCACAGAGUGGGCUAGAGAAAUUAGAUCUGUCGAGAAAUAAAUUCACGAACAUCCCCCUCAAGACAUUCGUGUAUCCUCCACGUCUGCAGUGGCUGUCCUUAUCUUACAACGGAGAAAUUCAAGUGACAGAAGACGCGCCUCUCCUGGAAAGCGACAGUCUGCUGGUUCUGCAUCUCGAAAAUUGUAACCUACGUAAGUUAUCUGCUGUGAAUUUGGAGAAAGUUGUGAAAUUGCAGGAAUUAUACAUAUCUCAUAAUGAAAUUGAAUCUAUGUCAACCAAAACAGAAGGGCCAGGACGGUCUUUGAUGAAUAUAAGGAUUUUAGACGUAAGUUACAACCAGCUUCAACAGUUACCGCCGGAAGUGAUGUCACUGCCGAACCUUGAAGAGCUGUACUUGAGAAACAAUAAACUGAAAGUGCUGGGUGAAAUGAAACAUCCACAACAAUGCUGUAAAGUAAAUUUUCUUACAGAAACAGAAAUUCGAACUGUCUGAAUAAUCACUUAAAUCAAAAUUAAAUGGUACAAAAUCUCUUUAAUUUAGUUGGAACUGAAGUGCUGAAUGUUACGAACGGUGUUUCUACAUCUAAAUCUGUGGAUAGAUGAAUUAUUUGAAUGUCAUUAUCUUUGAGAAAUUGUAAGUUGCCAUAUUGAUUAGUUCGAAGUUUAUAAAAAUGUCAUUUGGAAUAGCCAAACAAUAUAUUAACUUCCCAUACGCCUUCA